CUCGGAGCACAGCCAAAACGUAGACGUCGCAAACGCGUUCUGCGUGAACAGAGCGCAACGGAAAGUGAAGACGGUGAAUGAUGCAAGUUUGAUAUAUUGGGGAAGGAAGAUUGAAUUCUUCUUCUUUACCAGUGGAACAACUGCCUCGCAGCAAGAGGCCUAAGAGGCAACAGUGGAAGAAAGAGGGCGAAAGGAGUGCUGUCCAGACAAAGCGUGGAAAGUUGCAAUCUCUCAUGGAGAAAUUGCCAAUUGAAAUCGUCUCUGAAAUUUGUUCCCACCUUGGACCUCCGGAUCUGCUUCAUCUCGUGCGGUCUGCAAAGAACUUCGCGCAAUAUCUUCUCAGACCAAGUGCCGCUGGGGUGUGGAAAGCGGCUCGGGAGGAAUGUGCUCUAGACAUGCCCCCCAUUCACCCGGAUCUUACGGAGCAGAAGUAUGCUUUUUUGGGCUUUGGCUCAACUUGCCAGAAUUGUGGGAGCAUCACACGUUCGGCUGUCGACUGGUACUUGCGGAGGCGAUGGUGCUCUGCAUGUCAGGAGAUUGUAAUUGAAUCGGAGUAUUGCGACCUUAAUCGUAAAUGGAAUCAGCUCAUAGAAGAUAAACGCCAGCGCUGGAAGCAUGAUGCGAUCAUUCACCAAAACUGGGUUUCCGUACAUGAGGGCCGUGCUCGUAGGCAGUAUCGCUCUUUUCUUGCCUGUCCGAUUAGCGAGUACAACGCUUUCUUGUUGAAAGCACAAGAACUCACCGAUAAGGAGUGGAAAGUGUAUGUUGCGGAGCAACAAGAAAAAAAGGAGGCAUUGACUAUGGUAUUUGGUCAAUUUCAUCCCGUCCUCAUUUUUGGAUUAUAAUUUCCGCUUCAGCAUGCGAAAUUGUGUAUGGGAUGGAUCAAGAGACGCAUUUCUAGUCACCAGGACGAAUUACUUGCGCUCCGCCACGAUCGUAAGGCAGCGUGAGUCCUCAUUCUAUCUAUAUUGCCCAUAGUGACUGACUGCGGACUUGUCCAGUGUGAGAUCGA